GCGGCCCCGCUCCGCCCCGGCGCUGCCCGGGCGCUGCCCCACGCGUGAGCGCGGCCCCGAGGAGGAGCAGCAGCAGCGGCGGCGGCAGCAGGAGGAGGAGGAGGAGGAGGAAGGAGGUCGCUCCCGCCGCCGCUCCGGCAUGAGCGCGGCUUUCCAGCCCUCGCUGAUGAUGAUGCAGCGCCCGCUGGGAAGCAGCACGGCCUUCAGCAUCGACUCGCUCAUCGGCAGCCCCCCGCCGCCCGCCCCCGGCCACUUCGUCUACACCGGCUACCCCAUGUUCAUGCCCUACCGGCCCGUGGUGCUGCCGCCGCCCCCCCCGCCGCCCCCGGCGCUACCGCAGGGCGCACUCCAGCCGGCGCUGCCCCCCGCGCAUCCCCACCACCACCAGCUCCCCAGCCUGCCCACGGGUUUCUGCUCCAGCCUGGCCCAGGGCAUGGCCCUCACCUCCACCCUCAUGGCCACGCUGCCCGGCACCUUCCCCGCCUCCCCCCAGCACCAAGAGGCCGCCAGGAAGUUCGCACCCCCGGGGAACUUCGAUAAAGCCGAGGGGAUCCCCCCGGACGGCGGCGGCGACGAUGGCAAAGCCUUCCUGGGGAAGGACGGAGCCCUCCUGCCAUUCCCCGCCGCCGACGCCGUCCAGGCCUCCCUCGCCGGGGCUCUCCGGGGCCAGGGGAAGGAGGACCCCAAAGCAGAAGAGGAUGCGAAAGGCAAGGAGGAAAGUUUCUCCAUGGACAGCGAUCUAGACUAUAGCUCGGACGACAACAUCCCCGGCCAGGCGGCUCACAAGGAAGAGGACUCUGGCAACGCGCUGGAGGAAAACCCCCAAAACCCCCCCAAUUCCACCAACACCACAUCCACGGGCAAAAACCGGCGGAGGCGGACAGCCUUCACCAGCGAGCAGCUGCUGGAGCUGGAGAAGGAGUUUCACUGCAAAAAGUACUUGUCCCUGACGGAGAGGUCCCAGAUCGCUCACGCCCUCAAACUCAGCGAGGUGCAGGUGAAAAUCUGGUUCCAGAACAGACGGGCUAAAUGGAAACGGGUCAAGGCGGGCAACGCCAACUCCAAGACAGGGGAGCCCUCCCGAAACCCUAAGAUCGUGGUCCCCAUCCCGGUGCACGUCAGUAGGUUUGCGAUCAGGAGUCAGCACCAGCAGCUGGAGCAAGCCCGACCCUGAUCUCUCCCUGCGCUGCUUCAGAGUCACAAGUUUUUGAGGGAAAACUUUCCAAAAAUCGGGGUUUCAAAACAACCCACCCGAAAAAAAAGAAAAAAAAAGAAAGAAAGAAAAAUAAGACAAAAAGCAGCAGCAGAAA